AUGUGCAAGUCUUUGGUGACAAAUGUCUGGAGAAACAUGAAUAGUUGUAAAAGCAACUUUCAGAAGACUGCAAAGUUGAAGGAAAAACAUGGAGUAGAGCCUGUUGUUACAUGGACUGCUGAGGAGGGUUGCUACGGAGCAACUCUGUCGGAUCUGUUCGUCGUCGAUGAUACAAAGAAAAUACGAGGUGGUGUUGCGAGGAUCGAAUCGAGGAAUUUAGGGUUCUCGAGCUUUGCAGAGUCGGUGUUGGAUACGAAGGAAGAUAAAGAAGACGACGAAGAAGAAGAACAUAAUGACGAUGAUGAUGAAAUUAGGGUUUCUGAUGUGGUGUUUGUGCAAAAUGAAGUUGAUGAUGAUGGAAUUAAAGAAGGGGAUCUUAAGACGGCGAAGAAGAAGAAGAACAAAUCGUCUUCUUUCCGUUACCAGUCGUGCUUUACAGACGAGACCCAUGACGGUCGAUGGCAACAGCAGCAGGCGGCGGCGGUGGUGUUGGAGCUCCACAGUAGCAGCGACAGUGGGCAGGAUGGCAGCUUCGCUGCUUCCACUUCCUGUUCCGACGAGCUUGAUGAGGAUGGAGGCGAACGGAGUUGGGUACGGCGGAGGGAAGAAGUAGUGGUGACGACGAUAUUUGUUGGUGGAGGAAAGAGCUCCAGUGGCAGGGGAUUGCUCCGGCAACCUUCUGUUGCAUCGUCCUUAUUUAAGGUCACCGGUGGUGGUUAUUGA